CAGAUGACCAGAGGGGUCAAAGUUCUAAGUAUGUUGUUUUACAUAAGGAUCAAACAUGGAGUCUGUUUUUCAUGAAAAACAAGAGGGGUCUCUAUGUGCCCAGCACUGCCUUAACAACCUGCUGCAGGGGGAGUACUUCAGCCCUGUGGAGCUGUCCUCCAUAGCACACCAGCUUGAUGAGGAGGAGCGCAUGAGGAUGGCAGAGGGAGGAGUGACCAGCCAAGAGUAUAGGACCUUCUUAGAGCAGCCUUCUGGAAACAUGGAUGACAGCGGGUUCUUUUCUAUUCAAGUUAUAAGUAAUGCUUUGGGAGUCUGGGGGCUGGAGCUGAUUCUUUUCAACAGCCCUGAGUAUCAGAGACUAAUGAUUGAAGCAGUAAACGAAAAAGCAUUUAUAUGCAACUACAAGGAACACUGGUUUACAGUUCGAAAACUUGGACAACAGUGGUUUAACUUGAAUUCUUUGCUGACGGGUCCAGAACUCAUCUCAGACACAUACCUUGCACUUUUCUUAGCACAGUUACAACAAGAAGGUUACUCGAUAUUUGUCAUCAGAGGAGAUCUCCCUGAUUGUGAAGCAGACCAGAUCCUGGGCAUUGUAAGGGUGGAGCAGACACAGAGACCAAAGUUGAUUGGAGAGGAGGCUGCUCAGUCCAGCAGUGGACAGAGUGUCCCCAUGGAGAGUGCCGUGGAAAUCAGCCCAGGCUUCCAGACGGGCCAAGUAGAUGAGGAUGAGGAGAACCUGAGGAAGGCGCUGGCGCUCAGUCGACAGGACAUUGAGGUGGAAGAUGAAGAGGCUGACCUGCGCAGAGCCAUUCAGCUCAGUAUGCUAGGCGCUGUAGGAGGUAGUAGUCUGUCUGAUCCAAGAGACGGCAGCAUUGCACAUUCAUCAAGGUCCAUCCAGAAUGAAACUUUAACUGCAGAGGAACUGCGAAAAAGAAGGCAGGCCUACUUUGAUAAACAAGGUCCCGAGUGAACAAGAAACAAUAACGACUGCCUUAAACACAUCCCUUUGCACAACAGAUGCCAAGAGCAGUCGAAUAUGGAGGAUACGAUAUGAGCCUGGGAUAUUAUCUGCAACGCCUGUCUUGCCAUCGCCAAAUCAUAGCAGCUGCUCUCCCAGCGAGCAAUUCAGGGAGAGGGGUAUGCAGCUGCAAGCCUGGACUGGAUUUGUAGUUUGUUGCAAGAUAAUAGGGACAAGCUUUUAUAGCAGUGGCUUGUGGUUCCACGUUCCAGGAUCGCCGCCUACUCUAGCGCCUUUACUUAUUUAUUUUAUUUUAUUUUAUUUUAUUUUCAUUCUCUGGAGAAAAAGUACAUAUGUUUCUGCGAGUGUAUAGAAACUAAACGAGGGUUAGGAGGAUUUGGGAUUACAGAACAGCCCAUCAGAGAAAUUUUAGGACCACAUAACUAUAAAUUAACACUAAAUGUUAAUAAGUGUAAAAAGAUAUUUUUAGAGCCUUGUGCUCCCAUAUGAUUGGGGAAACAACAGGUUUUGCCAAAAGAGAGUAUUAACUCAUUUUAAAAUGCAGGUAGCAGGAAACUCUAUGCUAAUGAUCAAAUAUGCUCAUUUGUUUUAUGACUUUCAGCUGUAUGUUAUCCGCAUUCUUUGAGUUCAUUAACACUGCAAAACAAAGCCUUUUUCUUUCUGUUUUUGUAUGUUAUUGUUCUAGAUGAUCCCUAAAACCAUUCUUCUCAAUUUAGUUUUUGACCAAGUAGGACCCAGAAGAUAUGCUUUUUCUUGUAUUCCUUUUAUUUUCAUUAUCACUUAACUUUCAUAUGGGACCACCACAUUAUGUGUGCACUUUGGGGUCAAUGAUUAUAUUCUUGCAUCUGCUGUGAUUCUGCAGAUAUUUUAUAGAUAUUUAUUGACUUUUUUAAUACUGUGAUCUGCUUUAUCACAUGUCUGAAUCUUGUCUGCAGCUAAAGCCCUUAUUGUUUGUCCCAUGAAUAAAGCACACUUUAUUUCCAAAGUGUAUAGUUUUCGUUUGGCCAUGAAAGUUUUGGUUGGAUUGUAAAUCGUGUGAAAAUGAGUCUCUCAAGUCUGAUGCAUUAUUGAGUGAUUUCAAGAUUAGAUUCUAGCUAUUCCACAACUUCUGAAAUCGCUUUGGCAUAAGGGGGAAAUGCUGGGGAAACGUGGCUUUAGUGGGAUUUGCUGUAUAUGUGGAGAGAUUAGGGCUGUCUGUUAAAUCAGGCUCUGCUUGGAAUCAUCUCAAAGGGCUUAUCUAGCGAAAAAUAAAAAGGGAAAAGUAGAUUAUACUGUUCCUUUUCAGAGUCACUUUUGAUAUAUUUAUGCAUGCAUGACAUGUUUUUAAAGUAUUGACAAUAUAUGUGUCAUUCACAAUAUAUAUUGUGUAUAAUUACCAAUUUGCCAUAUUUGAUCAAUGAUGCAUGUUUUAUUGACCAAUCAUAAGUGAGAACUGCUUAGAGGAUUGAGAAGAAACUUGCUGGGCAGGUUGCACAAUUGUAUAUUUAAAACAACAACAAAAAAAGAUAUAUAGAUUAAGAAAAAUAAGAUAUAUACAAGUUAUUACCAUGUCAAACAAUUUUAACUGUUGUUAUGUUCACAAUCAUUAAGAAUCAAACACGUUUUUAGUCCUAUUAAAAAUAAAAAAAAGAAACAUGUAAUCCUUCCACAGCCUAUUGGAUAUCAUGUUAUAAUACUGAAUUCUAAAUAUAGGGACCAUCUGCUUUAUUUGCUGAAAACAUGUACUGUAGUAGGAAAAAAAAAAUUGUCAUAAUCCAAAAGUUUGCUGUAUUUUUUUUAUAAAUAAUAUCUUUCAUACAGUUUUAUUUGUGAAUGGGACAAGAGGACAAUGAGCAAGAGCUCAUUAGAAUGUGAAAGCCGCCUGCUAUACAGUUCGCAUGGCCUACUGCACAAAAACCCUGUUUAAAAGCUGUUGGAAAUGUUAUACUGCGUGGACCCAAUUUGUCUGAACAUUUUGUAUCCAUAACGAGGAGAUACACGGUGCGAAUUGUCUUUCCCAGAGUAUUCUCAAUGCUAAAGUCUAGAUAUACAAUUGAAUUGAUGUUUUUCACCAAUUUGUCCCCAAGUUUUAAAGUAUUGUUGUAUUUUGUAUAAUUCUAAAAAUGUACACAGCAAUUGCUUAUUUCCUGUUAGACACCAUUCAUAAAAAAAAGUUUCUUAUCUAUCACAGGUAAAACAAAUUUCUCCCAAGUCUCUAACCAUUUAGCAAAAGUUUUGCAGACUUUAUCACUUCUGUGAUUCAAUUGAAGCUAAUUAAUUAUAAUAUACAUGUACACAUUUCAAAACUAUAAGUAGACUUUCUGUGCAGUAAGUAUUGGAACCCUACCUGAGCCUUACACUUCCUUUGGGAUUACUGUCCCAUUGGAAGCGAGAUUAUCAUCAAGAGUUCACCUAAACAAAUAUUAACUGUUUUCUCACUUGAGGCAUUUAAACAUGUAGAUUAUUCAAUUGACAACUGUUUAGAAAUGUCAAGGUGUGGUAUUACCUAGCCGAGGUGUUAGCCAAAGUGCCGUACUGUAGUUGUACCUGAAUGUAUUGAUGUAUUCAGUGGUUCUGAGCAGCUAGAAGCAGGACAGAUAAUUUGGAAUAGGGUUGCCACCUGAACAGAAUGUGGACAGAUAUUCUAGCAAUUGUGGGGCUUUUUUCAUUUUUAAUCCGCUGAAUUCUGAGGUACAUUUCUAUUUAAAUGUUGUGUAACCAGAUUGCAAAAUGCUUAAUACAUAAAAGGAAAUGGUGUAAGCCACAGUUCAAUUUUCAUGUCUGUACCAUGUCCGAGCAGCUCUUAGGUCCUUAUUCAAAGAAACCAACAGACAAGCUGACCAAUCCUCUAUGAUCACCUUCCCUAACAGAGAAGUUGGGAGUGGACAUCUGCAGCAAAGGUGGUUGUCCA